CGAAACUGCGCGGGGUAUUUUUUGGGUGUGGUUAGAACUUUUUUUUCUGGUCUAAUGCCGUUUUUUCCUUGUGAUUGAUCCAAGGUAGUCUCAAGCCACACUGUUCGUCAUCGACUCUCAAAGAGUGGCGUAUCUGGUUGAAGCCUUUGGGUAUAAUGAAGAUGGGCCACCGGUUGAAUGGGCGGUUGAGGAAAGGCUUGAGGAGAGAAGUGGGAGCUGGUGAAGAAGGACCAAGAGACGCACUGGCAAGAGAGGAGGGGCACCGAGGGGCUAAUAUGUAAAACGAGCAGACGUUGAUGGAUGCCCGCGUCCCAUUGAGGCGGCGUGAUCGACCGACAAGUUCGAAGCUGGACCGCUGGUCCCUCGCCUCGGAGCUCACGAACGAGCAGAUGGAGAUUGGGACUGGGUAGGGGUAUCCGUACUCUGUACAUGCCGUUUGGUUACACGCCCCAGAGGCUGGGGACUAGACGUAUUUGGAGGAGCCUACUCAAAUUGCAACAUUCGGUUCUUCGCGCGAAUGGGGCAAAGUCGAUGCCGCGAUCCUGUCAUUCUGCCGGAGAAGGCCUGUAUAGGACAGGACCCUGGCUCAUCUCUCUUGGGAGAAGAGCUGCGCAGAAUGCCGUGGGUAGUGACGGUAGUAUAGGUUACCGUAGGUAUUGGCGUACUUGGUGGGCGCAAAGAGUGAAGCGCCAGCUCGGCUCAAAGCAAGAAGCCAUCCACAACGGACGCCUUUCCACAUCCAGGGGUUGGGGCCAGGGACAGAGUCGCAACGGGCUGACUCCAGAGAUGGGCUCGCUAGUAAGGGAUGCCCUGGGUCUUGGUCUGGGUCUCGCAGACUGGAGCCCAUGCCAAGUUCAUGUUCAUGGUACAUGGUGUAAGUGGUCCUUUGGUGAAUGGAGGAACUUCUUGAGUGGGUGAGUGGAUGAUGGGCGCGAUGAAGGGUUGUAUGUAUGUACACACAGACAAGAGUGGGAAAUGCGCUUCGGUUGACGGAGAAGAUUAAGGUAAGUUAGAGAGCAGCGCUGCAUUGGCGAUUGCACGAGGACGGAAAAAAGAAAUGAAGAACAGGACCACAUAACCACCGAACGUCGAACCAAUCCGUUCGAGAUGGUGUCCAGCAUCAGCGGCGGCGAGCGA